AUGAUUACAACCUACCUGACCACCCUAAGAGCGACCUUUAACCCCUUCUCGCCCUCGUCGAAGAUCCCGCGCCUCUUUUUGACCCUUCUCCCAGCCAACGCACACAAGACCUUACAGAUAAAGUCCCAAGCGCUACCGCGCUACUCCCACGAACCAUCGACGUUAGAGCUAGGUUUCAAAGAUGGAAAGGUUCAAGGACCCGGCGAGAAGGUUACGCUGCAGGAUAUCGUCGAAGAGGUGAAUAGGCAUGCUAGGGGAUUGGCACGGAAAGAGGAGCUGAGUGGGUAA